AUGGAGCACUUAUACCGAAAAUUACUGCGGAACGCCAACCUGCGCACCGUUGGCCGGCUUGCGCUAAAUGGUGCGGGCACUUUCUGCGGUUGUGCGCUGAUCUGGGAGCACCUGAUCACCAUCCAGGCCAGCGCCGGGCCUUCUAUGUACCCGACCUUCGACGUGCGAGGAGACUGGCUUCUGAUCUCACGGACGCACCGGAAUGGGAAAGGGAUUGAGGUCGGCGACGUUGUGCGAUUUGGUCAUCCCAACUUCCAGGGCGUUCAUGUUGCGAAGCGGGUUGUUGGAAUGCCUGGGGACUUUGUCUGUCAGGACAAGCCACUCAGUACGGAGAUUGGAAAGGAUCAGAAUAUUAUCCAGGUCCCCGAGGGCCAUGUCUUCCUGGCUGGCGACAAUCUUCCCUGGUCGAGGGAUUCGCGAAACUACGGACCGGUUCCUAUGGGCUUGAUAAAUGGAAAGAUUGUUGCAAGGGUAUGGCCACCGUCGAAGAUGGAGUGGGUGCGUAAUCCGUUGCGACCUGCACAAUUGGAUUAA